GGUGGAGGAGGCCAGGCCAGCCCCCCACAAGGGCCCCAGACACGGAAGCCCUGGAGCCAGAGCCCCAGAUCCCAGCACCAUGUCCUCCUGGAAGCCUGUGCUGCUCCUGCUCCUCACCCACUACCCAGGGGGUGCCCCCCAGCCGGUGCUGGAGCAGCCCCCCGCGGCCUCUGCACCCCUGGGCACCACAGUCCGCAUCCCGUGCACUUUUAGCGGCAACUACAGCAUCGGCCUGCACGGCGUCUUCUGGUAUCAGCAGAAGCCGGGCCACCCUCCCAGGUUCCUGCUGAGAUAUCCUCUGCCCUCGGAUGGGAGCCGGGGCCCCAAGAUCCCCCCGCGCUUUUCGGGGUCCAAGGACGUGGCCAGCAACACGGGGUUUUUGAGCAUCUCUGAGCUGCAGCCUGAGGACGAGGCCGUCUACUUCUGCGCCGUGGGGAGCUCCAGCAUGGACAGGGACAAAGGCGGGACCCAGCUCACCGUCCUAGGUGGGCCCAAGGCCUCUCCCAAGGUCUAUCUGUUCGCACCGUCUGCUGAGGAGCUGGCCACCGACAAGGCCACGCUGGUGUGUCUCGUGAUUGGAUUCUACCCGGGCAUCCUGGACGUCCAGUGGAAGAAAGACGGCAGUGUCAUCUCCCAGGGUGUAGAGACCCCCAGGCCCUCCAAGCAGGCCGACAACAAGUAUGCGGCCAGCAGCUACCUGGCCCUGACGGGCAGCGAGUGGAAGGCAGGACGCACUUACAGCUGCCAGGUGACGCACGAAGGGAGCACCAUCGAGAAGAAAGUGGCCGCUGCAAACUGCUCUUAGCUCCCGACCCUCAGCCUCCAUGCACCUGGGGGAACCAGAUCACAGGACCCCGUGGAGGGGGCUUCCCU